GGCGUGAAAUGCGUGAAAUUCAAAAAGCAACGUGCAAAGUACAUACUGCUAUUCAUUGAUAUUUUAUUUUAUGAAGCAUUCUGUAACUGGAUUUCGUUCAUAAUGAGCAAAAAGAAGAGCACCUUGGAAACUAUAACUGUCGAGUCCAUCCUAGCUGACAGGGCCAGGCGUCAAAAAUGCUUGGAAGAAAUACAAAAACUAUCACAGGAGCUCGAGCAGAGCGAGGGUAGUGAUAGUAGUGACAGCGUCCUGCGAGAUUUUUGCGAUGGGACACUUCAUGUCAGAUCAAGUGGCUCUGAUUCCAAUGAUGUUAAUUUGGAAUUCAAGAACUACGGGCACACCGUUUUUUAUUCUGGAGGCUCUGGAAUUAUUUGCGAAGAUGAAACUUUCAAUCAUAUGAACGAAGAUGACCAAUAUUUGUUUACCCAUAUGUUAUCUUUUCGAUUUUGGAACAAACUUUCAAAAUAUUUCUGCAACCGUCCCUAUAAUAUUGGAAAAAUUUGUUUCCACCUCAUGACCACAUCUCCGGAGCAUGCUGAUUUAUGUAAACAGUUUCUUUUAUCGGAUGCAAAUACUUGGAUACCAUCAUUUGUUGAUGUGAUCAAUGCAUUUUAUCGCUUGGGUGCGUCACCUCAUUGUUUAAAUAUUGGAGAGGAAGUGCUGGCAGAUUUUGAAAUGAUAGAAGAUUCAGAGAGUGCAGAGAACACUAAAAUGAGUGAUGAUAAAGUCCAGCUGAUUCGCACAGUGUUGGAAUAUUUAAAUUUCUGUCUUGGCAAAGAAGCACUUACCUCUGAAAACGCUUUCGAUCUUGUGAUUGUGCUUUCAAAAAUUGGCACUGAUAAAAAUUGUUUGAAAAUUUUGCAUUUAAUCAAUAGUCUCAUUGACUUACUUUUGAACAGUCAAGUCAGCUUUAACGAUUUUGAUGCAAGGAAUCUUGCUGAGAAACUUCUAAACUUUCAAACCAAUACUGUGAACAAAGUUUUUAUCUGUGUUAAUGUCCUACCGAGGAGCCCUAGAGGACAGUUACUAGCUGUGUACUUUGCAUUUUUCAUCAUGAAUGAUAUACUUGGAAUUAAAAUUAUAAAAUCAGAUGUAAAAAAUUUGGGCCCUGUCUUAGAUAUGCUUCAUGAGCAUGAAGAAAAAAUAAAGCAGCUGAGUCCUCCCAAUAUAUACUUCUUCACUUUAUCGCUGACAAACAUUGUUUACAAUUUGAAAGUUAGCAAUUUUAACAUAGAUGAGUUCACAGAAUUGUUGACAUUUAUGCUUCAUAUCAAGAAGCUUCCACAAAUUCAAGUUCGAGAUUCGAACUUGAAAUUCAUCAGCAAUUUUGUAGAUUGGUGUUGCAAUCUUUGGAGUUUUUCACUCGAUGAAUUGAAGGAAGCAAAAAUGUUCGAGUCACCUAAGAAAUCACCCAGAAAGUCACCUAAAAAGAAGGUGACACUUUUGUUUGACAAUUCUGUUUUGGACAAGCAGAGUAGUGCUGCUUCAAAAUACUGAAAAGUAAGUGAGGUUUUUUCUUCCCUCUCUAAAAUAAUAAUUUUUCGAGAUUGCGAAGAGAAGUUGAAUAGUCAUAUCAUAAACAAGUUUUGCAUUUUUUUAAAAACACCAAUAAAUUUUCGUCAAGUUAUAAGAUUUCUUGAAGUUGUCCACCAGUGAUGUUCUUGCAGACAGAGAAAGAAAGAGUGGACCGACAGCAAAACUCUUGAGACAUUGAGAAAAACUCUUUUUUUUUGCAAUGGACCCUCAAACAAUGUGCGAAUUUAAGCAUUAUGACGUGUGUUUUCUUUCAUCAAAUUUUUGCAUAAAAUAAGAGUGGUGCAACAAAAAUUAUCGGAGGUAAUUUUUAAGUUAGAUAUUAAUGUUUUUCGAUGCAUCAAUAUGCACUUCCCCCUCAUGAAAAAAACCAUUACGUAAUUGAGUUUAAUCGUAACCGUCUCUACAGUAUGAAAAAAUGGCAACCCCCAAUCUUGGCGUUUUGGCUCAGCUAAUGCUUUUUAUCAACACUUUGAACAACCCAGGGCGGAAGGGAACACCACUGCAUUGAUAAGCCUGCCAAAACUAUUGUGCCAUGGGAUUUGAAUCUGUAGAUGUAUAUUUUUCUUGUUUGUAGGAAAUCAAAAUUUUUUGUACAAAGUGCCAAAGAAGAAGGUUAAUGUCCUGUCUCAGUUAUGAGUUAAUUUCGGUCAUUUGUCGCAUUAAGUCAUGUUCUACAGGAAAUUUUGAAGAGGAAACACAAAUCCCCUUUUUUGCACAUUUUACUGCAUACCAAUAUUUGUACCAUUUCUAGUGGUCCAUUCAAAUAUUUUCACCUAGAAGGUUUUGCCCUGUUUUAUAGAAAAUGGAUACACAUUCAAUCCUUGUAGUCGCUAGUGAUACUUUUUCAAUGAUGUAAAAUUUUCUUCAAUGUUGAAACCUAAAAAAAUGUCUACAUAUCAAUUACAAUUCAAACAUAUUGCUCCUUUUAACCCCCUUUAUCAAAGUUAAAUCCAACUUCACUGCUUUGAAUUUUUGCUGAAUAUUCUACCUACCAAGAUGGAAGAUUCAAUUAAGUAUCUUAAAAGAAUCUUGUUUUUGCGAUAUUUAAGAUUGCUUGUAAUUAAUUCUCUAGUCAAAGAAUGUAGUAACACAGAAAAUCUGCUAAAUCGCAAAUUGAGCUCAAUAUUAUUAUAUAUUUAUUUUACUUGAUCAAGGGUUAAAUGGUUAUUGAAUUUUUAAUUUUCAGAACCGCGAUUGGGCGGUGCUAUUUUCCAGUAAACUGAAAGAGGAAGAAAUCCUCUGUAGGAUUCUUCAACAGUAAUUAAAUGACUGAUGAUUGGAAACAACAAUAAAUCUACAAACCAGUUCUAGCUAAAGUAGAGAUUUUUUUCCAAAGUGUCCUUAAAGUGGACUUGAAUUUUAAUUUGAUUAGAUUGCCUUGUCCCAAGACUGAAUUUUUUCUUAAAUAUUUCAAUUAAGUAGUCUGUAAUUUAAAUUUUUUUGUACCCUAGUAUUUCCAUUGCCGUGCAAAGGGAUUUUAGUGAAACAGGGUCCUGGCCAAUUUUUUCUAAAAACUGAAGUGCUGAGGUGUCUCCUGCCGUAAAACCAGCAUUUUAGCAGUGCUUAAAAAACAUGUAGUGUUAGUAUUGUGUAGAAAAAUUCUUUCAGAUAGUAGAAAUCAGAUCUGGAAUUAGCCAGGAUUUCCUCAUGGGGGAAUUCCAAGGGCAAAAAUUCCUGCUAUUCCCCAAAAAGAUCUUUUUCUUUUAGUUAAAGGGAGCAAGAAGCAGAAGAAAUUUCUUGUUUAUUUGGCUUUUAGCAGAGGUGGAACCUGACGAGUUGCCUUCAGUGUUCACCUAAUUUUACUUCGUUUAUGUUCCUUUUUCUCUCUCCAAUUUAGUUUCAAAGGAUUUGCUCACUACUAAUAAUAAUUUAUGGUUCUGCUACCUCUGAAGCAGAGUGCAAUCAAUGUUAUUUGCUACCAUCAGUUCUUUGAGAAGAAAUAAUGUGUUUAUUUUUGAAAGGACCGCUAAAAUAAGAUUUUUCAACUAAUUUCUAAGCCCCUAAUGAAACAUCUCUACCUCGUAUGUUUCAAAUUUUUUAUGAAAACAUGAGUUAGCAAUUUCUUACAACGUAAUGUGUACGGAUACCUACCAUUUUAUUUUGUUUUGAUAAAUUAUUUAUUUCACUGCAUUUCUUAGUCUUUUGUCUUCUAUCAGAAUUUUUUUUGUUAAGGUCUGUUGUAUUGCUAUGAAAAAAGAUGCAAUUGUCCUUAAAAUGAAUGGAAACUGUAGAGAAGCUCAUUGUCAGUUACACAUUUUGAGAGAAGCACAGAGAUCAUUGAAUUCAAUACAAUAAAUUGGUUCCAGUUUUUGCAAUAUUGAAAAGUU